AUAUUUGCUUGUCCGUUGGAACAGGCCAUCACAUCUCUUAAGAAGGGAGCCCAUUUGCUCAAGUACGGACGUAGAGGAAAGCCCAAAUUUUGCCCCUUCAGGCUGGCUAAUGAUGAGUCUGCACUGAUAUGGUUUUCUGGGAAAGACGAGAAACACCUUAAACUGAGUCAAGUCUCCAGAAUCAUACCUGGGCAGCGUACUCCAAUAUUUCAAAGGUAUCCUAGGCCUGAGAAAGAGUACCAGUCAUUUUCUCUUAUAUAUAAUGACAGGUCAUUGGAUGUGAUCUGCAAGGAUAAAGAUGAAGCUGAAGUCUGGUUUACUGGUCUAAAAGCACUAAUAUCACGUGGUACCCAGCGGAAAGGUAGAGAAGAAUUGCGGGGUGAUGGAGUUUCAUCUGAAGCUACUAGCCCUAGAGCACAAACCCAAACAAGUUCUCCUUUGGGCUCUGCAUUUGGCAGUGGUGGUAGCUCUCAGAAGGAUGGUAUGGAUGCCCUUCGUCUUCGUACUCCAUAUGGAAGCCCUCCUAAAGUUGGUUUAGACAAGGCUUUAAAUGACGUAAUAUUAUAUGCAAUGCCUCCUAAAGCCUUAUUUCCAUUAGAAUCUGUUUCUGGAUCAAUCCAUUCUCUGUCAUCUGGUGGUUCAGAUGGAAAUGCUGGGCGGAUGAAGGGUAUGAAUGGUGAGGCUUUUAGAGUUAGUUUGUCAAGUGCUGUUAGUUCUUCAAGCCAGGGCUCUGGUCAUGAUGAUGGUGAUUCUUUAGGAGAUGUUUUUAUUUGGGGUGAAGGUACCGGUGAUGGCAUUUUGGGUGGUGGAAUGCAUAGAGCUGGAGUCUCUCUUGGUGUUAAGAUGGAUUCUCUUGUGCCUAAAGCUUUAGAAUCUGCUGUCACGCUGGAUGUUCAGAAUAUUGCUUGUGGUAGGCAACAUGCUGCUUUGGUGACAAAGCAAGGAGAGCUGUUUUCUUGGGGAGAGGAAUUAGGAGGUAGACUGGGGCAUGGUGUAGACUCUGAUGUCUCACAUCCAAAGCUUAUAGAUUCACUAAAAAAUGUCAACGUUGAACUUAUAGCAUGUGGGGAGUACCAUUCUUGUGCUGUAACACUUUCUGGGGAUAUGUACACAUGGGGUG